AUGACACCAAAGAAACCCUUUAUAAAGACUCUUCGUAGGAAACUCAGGAACAGCUCCGCGAUGCGUCAGGCGCAGCGCAGUCUUGGUGGAUUUGUGCUUGGUUUGGUCCUCGCCUCCGUGUACGGCAUGACAGCGCUGUACAUCCAGAACCAUGACCUCUGGUUCUGCGUCAUCACCACCGGCGUCCUCGCCACGUUCGCCGGGUUCGGAUCGGGCCUCUCCGACCGCGUGCGCACCAACGUCAUGCUGAUGCUUCCAAUGCUGUGUUCGAUGAGGGGUAAAAAUUUCAUUCUCUUCCUCAUUUGUACCUUGGUUAUCCAAGGCCCAGUGAGCAACACAAUGGAGAAUGUUGAACUGGCAGCAGACAGUGUGGUCUGUGGUGCAGAACUGCUUAUGAAUCAGACGCAACAACUCCUGGAGCGUACCGCAAACCCUCUGCAGCCUGCCCUGAAAAAGAUUAAAGAGAUGGCGAGGAAUGCUUACUCAAUGGCAGGCCGAGCACAGAACUUCAUCACAGCUCUGACAGAACCUGUACGGCAUGUUGCUCAUACUCUGAGAAAUGUACUGCACUUCUUGGUGAAUAUUGGUGAUGUAUGUAAUGACAAGCUGGGCAUGCCACAUCAGAAAUGCACCGGGUUGUUUGAUGAGGCCAGCGAAGACUGCAUGGAGCUGCUCUCUGUCUUCUCUUUCCUCUGCCACCUCCUGGAAGGAUUCAGGCCUCUUUGUGGGCUUGCACAUGUGGGACAGCUGUUCUGCAUCCUACCAUCAUAUAUUGCUGACCACAUGAAGACUGCUUUGGCUUUUCCAACUAUUGCAGCAUUCGAUCGAAUUAAGAAAGAGUUUGAAUUCAACAUUUCCACCUCCUCCCACUUUGACCUGCAGCUGAACAACAGUCAGUCCAUGCAGGAUGCCGCUCAGAAUAUCAUGGAAGAGGUAUCCGAGGAGCUGGGCCUCCUGUGGGAGCUCAAGGUCCUAUUGGCAUACAUGGGUUUCUUUCUUCUUCUCUUCAUGUAUCUUCAGGCCGUUCUGUACAAAAAUCGAUACCUUCAUAAUGAUGAAUUUGAGAACAUCUACAUAACAGACCAGUUUAUUGAGUUGGACAGGAAGCUCUCUAGACAGGGCAAAGAAGCAGUACUUCCACUCAACUACAGAGAAACUCUCAACUACAUCAGGCCUUGCUCUCUUUAUCUGACUGUGAGAGAGAGACGGGCUGUGGUUGGUCAGGUGUUUUCCUUGUUCAGGUACAUGGCCAUGAGUGGCAUAUUGAUAGUUUUGGACCUCAUGGUGUUUUGGGUGUUUGAUCUGGUAUACCACCAGGCCCAGGGAGAGAUUGUGACUAGAGCUCCUGUAGUGGUUGCAGUACAAGUGAAUGGAUCUGGUUAUGCCUCAGAUAUCUUUAGGGACAUUGCAGCCUCAUUUGACGUCUUACAGAAAGGAAAUAUCACUGUUCUCAGCCAGAAAUGUCUCAUGAAGCCCUUGGAGCCGGACUACAUGAGAUACCUGCUCAUAGGUCUUCUUUAUGGUUUCACCCUCUUUAUUGUGAUUGCUGGUGGCUAUGUUAAACGUUUACAGAGGUUUGUGUGUGCCAGAUACCAUCCGCAAAGAGAGAAAGAAAGGAUCCGGUACCUCCACAGGCAUAUUCUCUUUCAGCGUGGGUCUCUAGGAAAAGCCCUACUGAGGGCUGUUGCACGGAACAGGGUCGACCAGCAAAACGAUGGCAUAAUACACACUCUGGCCAAAUUUCUGCCAGGCAUUGCCAUCAUAGCUAGAUUCCUAUGUGUCAGUCAAGAAUCUUGCAUGGCCUGUGGGAAAGUGUUGAAGAAGAGCGAUGGUGAUGAUGAUGUGCAUGCCUGCCCCACUCCCCGCUGCACAGGCUGCUACUGUUCGCUCUGCUUCAGACUGAUGGGGAAUAUCUGUGCCAUCUGUAUGAGGCCACUCACGUUCCUGGAGGACUCAGAGCAAGAGCUAGACUCCAGCGAUAAUGAGCAAGUCAAUUUAUGGGACGCCGCUAUAACAUCACCACAGAUCAGCCGGAGCAAACCCCAAAGUUACAGUACACCCAAUCAGGACCAUUCCAUCUGGAUCGACGAGCAAUCCAGCCAUUUUUAA